UUUAAACAAAAAUAGGUCAAAUUGUAUUCCCUUAUCUUGUUCUCCAGGGUUUCAUUAUAAAGAGACAAACAUGGUGGUGUCCGUGUUGUUCGGUAUCCUCACUUUCACAGCGAUCCAUACAACGAAAGCGUCAUCAACAUGUUGCCCUGAUAGCUGGUUACCAUUUAAAGGUUCUUGCUACCAAUUUUACGAUGAGGAUAAAGUCGACUGGGCUGAGGCAGUGUCAAUUUGCAGACUCAAGAACAGCGACCUGGUUACUGUUGAAACGGAGUAUGAGAGCAAAUUCUUGAAAUUCUUCGCCAGGAAACUUUUCAAACGCGAUUCUGGGAGCAGAAACGUAACCGCGUUUUGGUUAGGGGCCAGUGAUACUGACAUAGACGGAAUCUGGAAAUGGGUAUCAACGGACGAGGAGCUUACUUAUACAGAAUGGGAUGUUAGCCAACCCAAUAAUAAGCCGGACAACAAAGAAGAUUGUAUGGCGUUGAAUGGUGCUUACGAUUUCAACUGGCACGACGGAGUAUGCAAGCAAAGAGUUGGCUACCCUUUAUGUGAGAAAAAGGGAACGAGCGACAAUGGUGGCGUUGGCAUGCAGGUUAUUGGUUGAUAUUUGUUCAUUUGAUUAAAAUGUAUCUUGAAAUGAUUUAAUGAUUUUUUUUCGAUAUAAAUAUAAACUAGG